AUGUCUUUGGAUAGCGCCCAAUUUCACGCAGCUGUAUACGACAUUGUCCGAACCAUCCCAGUGGCACGAGUGACGAGUUAUGGCCAUAUUGCAAAAUUAACCGGCAUGCCUAAUCAUUCGCGUCAUGUAGGACAAGCACUAAAGUUUUUGCCUCCAAACGUGGACCCUCCGAUUCCAUGGCAUCGUGUUAUAAGCUCAGCGGGAACUAUUUCUUCCCGAGGUCCUGGAACUGACGGUGCCCAACGCCAGAGAGAUGCCCUUGUUGCAGAGGGUGUCGAGGUUGUAACUGGCCGCACUGGCGAUAUGCGUGUGGACCUUCGUGAAUAUGGCUGGUUUCCAUCAAUCGACGAGUUUCAAGCUUCUCAAGAACUCGCAGAGAACGAUUGA